AGACAGUCGCUCGGUUUCUUUCGUCGCGCGUGUCAUGUUUUCCUCGUGUCUACGCAUUUGUCGGUACUACACUGCUCUUCUGAGAUGAUCGACCCUCCCGUUGAUCGCCCCUUCUCUCAGAGAGCUUUCUCUGCUAAUAACAGUGAGGACAGGCUCAAUGACGGUGGGAGGUUCAAGCUCUCAGAGAUGGUGAGCGGAUUCGCCAACUCUCUCCAGAAGCUCAUGCUCCACGCCUGCUGAUUCUAAAGAAGAAGACUUGCGGGGAUUGUUUAUAGAGGCAGGCAUGCGACAGAAGGUGUGCAUGUUUUCGCGGGCUCGUCCCGGUAAAGAUGCGCUGGAGUGAAGUGACGUUCAACUGGCAACAGCGUUAACUUUAACGCCAAGUGCCUUACGUUGGGGCAAAGGCGGAAAUCAGAUCAUUCACAGUGCUUGCAUUUGCUAUCGAUAAAGAUGAAUUAACAGGGAAAUGUCAUGCAAGCGAAAUUGGGGUUUGCCUUGGAGUCUAUGCACGUGGUCCCACUGGAUUGACUCUGGAUCAAGCUGUGACUGACAGCUAACUUCAAAUUAAACCAAACCCGCUGGAAGGACUUUACUUCGGUUAAAACCUGUGGUUCAGGUAGAUUAUCCGAUGCUAUCAGAGUCUCAAGGAUGCUGUGAGACCGUGAUGAGAAGUUUCGCGCUGGUUUUGGAGAGUUGUAAACGCAACUUGAGCGUUCAGGAUGUCUCAGGAACUCUGCAAUGGAUUUUGCUCUAAAACCUGCACAUUUAUCCAGAGAGACAGGGGUUGAUAAUUCUCACGUUCAUAGAAGGGUCUCUUUCUUGAUUCUGGAGAUAUCUCAAGUCUGUAUGCUGAUUUCAUGAUGUAUCGAGACUUGUGAACGGAGUGUGAUUUAAAGAAGACUCAGUGGAUUUUCUGAAGUUGCACAUCGCCACGACAUAUGGGAAUAUGAAGAUAUUUUAAUCAUGUAAAGAUAUAAACAGACAACGAACAACACGUUGCUUUAUCAGGGUAAUGGAUUCGAACAGCUUAUGUUUUUCUGUCAGUUUCACUUGUACUCGCAUUAUUUUAAAAACUGACGUAGCCUACAGAAUCAUACAAUCUUUGCUUUAUGAAUAUUGAAAUGGCUGGCAAAUACUCCUGCACAACUCAUAAUAAUGCGCUGACUUGAUAGUGCGUUGAUUUAUUAAAUAAAGUUGAGAAUCAGUGAAGGUCUUCUACUCAUCAUCAGUUGAUGAUUGAGGCUUCAACAGGUGACUGAGUGGUCCGUGCAAUAUCAGAAUGCUCAUACUGGUAUGAGAGCUGGUCCCGUGGGUUUACUGUCGACCCUUUGUGCUUCCUUCUUUUCCUGCCCUGCUUCUCGCUGUCCACAUGCAGGCGAAGAAGCGAUACCUGCUGGUAUCUGUGGGGGCCUGUAGCCUGCUACUAGCCUACCUGUGUGGCCUACAGAUCGGUGAGUUCCAGAACCAGAACCAUGCAGAGCUUUAUGGAGUCUCACAGAUCCCCGGUGUCCCACCUCAUCCGCCUCGCUGGCCUGAAUGGGUGGAUCCUCCCCUGCAGACAUACCUGGGUGAGGCAGAGCAGGAAGAGGACGGGCCUCUGCUUCUUCAUCAACACACGUCUCCUCGCGAGAGACGAGAAAUCCAGAAGAACAUCUACAAGAGCCGACGAUGUCGUAUGGACACCUGUUUCGAUUUCCAGCGCUGUGAACGGGGCUUUAAAAUCUAUGUGUACCCCCCUCAGAAAGGUGAAGCACCCUCGGAAAGCUACCAGAAGAUUCUGGCAGCCAUUGAGGAAUCGCGGUUCUACACAACGGACCCUAAUGAGGCCUGUCUUUUUGUACUGAGUAUAGACACUCUAGACAGGGACCAGCUGUCUGCUCAGUAUGUACAUAAUGUCCGAGCCCGAAUUCAAAGCCUCCCUCUAUGGUACGAAGGGAGGAACCAUCUGAUUUUUAACUUGUACUCUGGAACAUGGCCUGAUUAUACGGAGGAACUAGGCUUCGAUAUCGGCCAAGCCAUGUUGGCCAAGGCCAGCACUGACAUGGACAACUUUAGACCACACUUUGAUGUGUCCAUCCCUCUGUUUUCAAAAGACCAUUCUCAGAAAGGAGGGGAAAAAGGUUAUCUGAAUCUUAACAAUGUCCCUCCUUUACGGAAAUACUUGCUGGUCUUCAAAGGGAAGAGGUAUCUAACUGGCAUUGGUUCUGAAACCAGAAAUGCUUUGUAUCAUAUACAUAAUGGGGAUGAUAUAAUUUUAUUGACUACGUGCAAACAUGGGAAAGACUGGGAGAAACAUAAGGAUGCAAGGUGCGACAGAGACAAUGAAGAAUACACAAAGUUUGAUUACCAGGAGCUGCUACACAACUCCAGUUUUUGCCUUGUUCCUCGGGGCAGGCGGCUCGGGUCCUUCCGCUUUCUAGAGGCCCUGCAGGCGGCCUGUAUUCCUGUGCUGCUGAGUAACGGAUGGGAGCUGCCCUUCUCAGAGGUCAUUGACUGGAGUAAAGCCGCCAUCAUUGGAGAUGAGAGAUUAUUGCUGCAGGUUCCAUCUAUCACCAGGUCUGUGGGUUCUGACAGAAUCCUGGCACUGCGGCAGCAGACACAGUUCCUGUGGGACGCCUACUUCUCCUCAGUCACAAAGAUAGUCUUAACCACAUUAGAGAUUAUCCAUGACAGGGUACGGACGCACAUGUCCAGGAGCAGGUUGAUGUGGAAUUCUUUGCCUGGAGGACUCUACGCACUUCCUGAGUUCUCCAGCGACCUCACCCUCUUCCCCUUCUACUACUCGACACUUGGUAAGAGUCCAUCUCAGGAGUUUACAGCCGUCAUUCAAGCGGUCACACCUCUACAGUCCCAACAGCAACCCAUAUUCAAACUGAUCCAUGCGGUCGCCAAGUCCAAGUUCUGUGCGCAGAUUUUAGUGCUGUGGAACUGUGAGAAGCCUCCACCACCCAGAAACAAGUGGCCCUCCAUCACAAUACCCUUCUCCAUCAUUGAGGGCAAGAGAAAGACGAUGAGUGGCCGGUUUUUCCCUCAUCAAGCUAUCAAAACUGAUGCAGUUCUCAGCCUGGACGAGGACUCGGUUCUAUCCACCAAUGAGGUGGAUUUUGCCUUCAUUGUAUGGCAAAGUUUUCCAGAACGGAUUGUAGGCUACCCAGCACGCAGCCAUUACUGGGACAGUGGGAAGGGGAGGUGGGGUUAUACUUCUAAAUGGACCAACGAAUACUCCAUGGUGCUCACAGGAGCCGCGUUCUACCACAGGUAUUAUCAUCACCUGUACACAUACUACCUUCCGAUGUCUCUGCUGUCAAUGGUGGACCAGUUGGCCAACUGUGAGGAUAUCCUCAUGAAUUUCCUCAUCUCUGCAGUAACCAAACUCCCGCCAAUCAAAGUCACGCAGAAAAAACAGUACAAGGAGACCAUGAUGCAGCAGGGCUCUAAGGCAUCUCGAUGGGCCGACCCAGACCACUUUGCACAGCGUCAGUCCUGCAUGAACUCUUUCACGAGUUGGUUUGGCUUCAUGCCUCUCUUUCACUCUCAGUUGCGUCUGGAUCCCGUCCUCUUCAAAGACCAGGUCUCCAUCCUACGCAAGAAAUACAGAGACAUCGAGAGGUUGUGAGGGGCUAACCCCCCCUCUCCCCCUCCAGUGAACUCACCCGGACAUUCCGAUACAGACCUGCAGUGUUCGAUUCGCCUGGACAUAUUAAAGACCAGAUACAAAUACAAUAUAUUCCAUCUACAGAAUAAAUUAUAACAAAAUAUGCAACACUGAAUGAUUUUAUCUGCGGCUGAAGGUUUUGUGGCAGACAGCUGCCCAGAAUCGGACUGGUCUUUGCGCGUUUGAAUUUGUUGUCGUUGUCGGUGUUGUUGUUCGGAAGGGACGUGGUUGCACACGUAUAAACAGGCGUGUGAAUGGAUGGAAAAUAGCUCAAAGUGUCACCUAUGCCUGCAAUAUGUAUUUUAAUUUCAAUUUUUUUUAAAGAAAUUAUCUUCUUUUUUUUAAAGAAGUUUAAAAAAAAUAAAAUCUAUGAAUGCAAAUGUA